UAUUUGUAUUCCUAUCACAAUUUUAUUUGGGUUAGGGUUUUUAGUUGUUUCGCUUCCACUCUCUCCUAAAGCCAAGGUUUCUUUUUUUCUUUUCUUUUCUUCGAAUGGCGAGGUAUCGUAGCCGGAGCAGAAGUUACAGCCCUCGCCGCCGCAGCAGAACUCCACCACGCGGCCGUAAGAGAUACGUUGAUGAUCGCCAUGCUGAUAGUAGGUCUCACAGAGACCGUCGAUCUCCUCUUCCUUCUGGAUUACUUGUUCGUAAUCUUCCCCUUGAUGCAAGGCCUGAAGAUCUUAGGGGCCCUUUUGAGCGCUAUGGACCUGUGAAGGAUGUUUACCUUCCUAGAAAUUACUACACUGGUGAGCCUCGUGGCUUUGGAUUUGUAAAAUAUCGAUAUGGCGAAGAUGCAGCAGAGGCAAAGCAACAUCUUAAUCACAGUAUCAUUGGGGGGCGUGAAAUAAGAAUCGUGUUUGCUGAGGAAAAUAGGAAAACCCCUCAAGAAAUGCGUGUUACUUCUCGUGGAAGUGGUCGAAGUGGAGGUGGUAGUAGAAGGAGAGCUCGGUCAAGAUCUCCACGGCGCCGAUAUCGAUCCUACUCUAGGUCUCCAUCACCUGCCAGGGCUGAUUCAAGGGAUGACAGGCGUAAGGAUGAUGAUUAUUCUCCAGAGCGGUCAAGAUCUUAUUCUAGGUCUGUCUCUCCUGGUGGUGGGAAGGACUACAGGAGGUCUCCUCGCUCCAAGGAGAAUGGUCGUAGUCCAGAUGAUAAGAAGGAUCUGCCACCUAGCAGAUCUCAGAGUCCUAGGGGUAAUGAUCGCAGUCGCAGUCCUUCAAGGUCUCGUUCGCGGUCAUACAGUCCACGGUGAUUUCCCUCCAAGCAAGUGAGGUGCCUAUGUGCUCAUUUUGGUCUUUCCUAUGGUCACAUACUGGAGAGAGACUUCGACAUUUUGAAGGACACCGAUGUACUUAUGCAGAAUUUCUUACUGUUUAUUUUAGUAUGUCAAAAACAAUUCCAAUAGAUAAUAGUCUGACUUGGUGUUACCAUUUUCAUAGAUACUGCCUUAGGGGCCAUUUUACCGGUUUCCAAGUAAUUGUUAAGUUUUUCUUAGUGUAGUUGAAAACUUGUUUUUUUGUGCUAUCUAUAUGUAUGGAGUUUGUAGAGCACCCAUAUUUUGGUUUCACUUUUUUACUCCAUAGCAGAUUUCCAAUGGAUGGAUAAUUUGACAGA